AUGAAAACAGUGAGGUUUGAGGACAAUGAGAAAGCCCCGAAACCAAGUCAAGAAGAAAAAGCGGAACCGGCAGAAGAGAGUGAGAGCGUCUCAUCUGCACAAAGUGGGAAAAGCAGCAAGUCCAGCGAGUUCAUGCAACUCAGACCAUCAAAAAUCAACUUGAAUGUGGGUUUCCCAAGUAGCUAUGCCACGCAGCUGAUGAAGAUAACGGCGAAAUCAGAAUACGAGCAGGAACAGAAACACAUAGCACAAAGUUGGGAAGCCGUUCGGCGUAGUCGUGUGUGGCGCGAAUCGAUGAUGCUCCGUUCCAAGGCCGCGCGCGUUACACCUCUGCUCCCUCUUCCUAACUUCGUGCGAAGCCUGCUACACGAACUUCAGUUGGUCUUCCUAAUGUGCCAGUUGAUCAAUAUUAUCUGGUUAGCGACCAAACUGGAUUGGCGAGGACGACUUCGUGGCCCAUUGGAUAAGUUACCGGGCUACGUGAUGCACCGGAUGCCCUGGCUACCUGGACAGCAAGAAAUACACAGUCGUGUAAUGGGACUGAUUGCUCUCAUCAUAUGCGCUUACUUCCCGUCAGCAUUGAUUCACUUCGCAUUCGUCCUAGAUGAUCUGCCGGACGAAACCGACCUACAACUCGUCCGGAAGGCUCAACAGAAGCACCAAAAGCAACAGGCACUGAGGAAAUCAAGAAGAUGGUCAUGGGAUCCACGGUUCGAUCAGUUUCGUAGGCCACGUCGCCGUCAGUGGGUUACAGUGCUCCACCUCAUGAUAUUCAUGACUGUGAUGGUCUUCGGCAUCGUUAUACUGGCCAGUGAUCUCAAUUAUUAUACACAGUACGGUCGGUGGAUGGAAACGCUCACAAAGUGGCUGAGGGAACUGCAGCGCAACUACUACAUCAGCUGGACAUCGGGAGCAACCCAACCUAGGUGGGAUAUGGAUCCCGUAGACACAUUGGAUACCAUUCAUGUCAUCUUCCAAUGCUGUGGCAGCAAAGGCGGUCGUGAGGCCUACAAGGAAUGGUGGCAGUCAGAUGUAGUAAAACCUGACCGUGGCAAGUCCAGCGUUAGAAAUGUGUAA